UUCAUUAUUCGUUUACUGGCCUCUGACGAGCGUUGAUGCGGUGUUUGGUGUUUGGUGUGCGUGAAGCGUCACUUUCGGUUAAACGCGUUUUAAUAAUUUAUACAUGUUCUCUUAGUUUUGUGCUGAAAUUUUUCAUAAAACGCGAUCUCCGCUAUUGUAAAAUAAAAUAUGUGUUAAAUUUGUAAAAAUUACAAAGAUCUCAUUCAAACACCUAUAAUAAUAGAAAUAAAAAAAAGAACUAUGCAUUUCAAAAGAGACUGGUCUUGGCUUGUGGUUGUUUUUCUUCUCUUCUUCACCACACCACCGCCCGCCGAUGCUGUUAUUGAGGACGUACUUGAUAUUAUUCAUGUAGUGAAAGAAGUUACUGUUGGAAUACUAAAGGCUUGGGACAUUGUUCAACAAUCACAAUUUGCUCAAAAUAUCGAGUUUCCGCUGAUGCGUGAAAAACAACGUAAAGUUUUGCAACGGCUGAAAGAAUUGGGCCGCCAGAUAGACCAAACGGAGCAAAAGUAUGCUCAAAACGUCGCUGUGGCAGUUGAAUCUGUAACAGAAUUCAUGAAUCAAAAUGUGCCACUUAUGACUAAGAUGAAUGAUAUCCAUGACACGAUGAAUCGCAUUUCUUCCCGUUUCCAACAAAUGCAGAAAUACGAAGCCCACCAGCAUAAGCUUGAAGAAAGCACUCUAAUAACUUUCGCCGAAUGGACAGUUUCACCGAAUGCAUACUCGGUGCACCAUUUGAUGGAACGCUUGCAUUUAACUCUACUCGGGCCGGAGGAAAAGGAAAAUACAACAACGAAUAUGCUAUCCUUACUAGCACAAACGUAUGAGGAAUCGACGGACAAAAUAUGCCAUACACAACAGUCAGCACAACAAUUCGUCUAUUCACUUUAUGCCGAUAUAGCCCUUACUGAACUAAAGGGAUACAUUAUGAUGGAGUUUUCCUGGAUGAUGCUAAGAAUCUACGGCAAAGGCAAUUAUACCGAAGAAGUGAACUUGACGCGUAUGGACUAUGAAAAACGUACUGGUCGAACGCUAAAACUAUUGCGAGAGGUUAUGCGUCGUGCCGACCGCAUUGUUUGGCGAUGUGACCCAGCUAAAUUUAUAAGAGGUAAAAAUUAUGAUGAGGUUACUCGGCUUUUACAGGGCUAUAUCGAGAAUGAAGUUGACUUAAACAAAGAGGAAACAUGCCGUGAGACUUGUGAUUUUUACCAAUCAACCAGAUCAGAGGGUUGCUUUAAGGAUCUGUAUUGCGCACGUCAACCUAGAUGCUCAGGCAAGGUGUAUCACUGCACAUUUGUGGACUCAGACAUGUGGGUUUGCCCCGCUGGCCGAAAUAGCACGCGUCGCUAUGAAUAUAUUGAAUAUGAAAAUGGCCGCGUACUUGGUCAGAGAUCAGCUUGUGUGCGUGGUAGUACAAAGGUGGACUCCUGGUGGCGCUAUCUUUUGUGGCAUUGCAGCUAUUGCUUCUGUUUGUGCGAUGAAAUUAGUAUAAAAUCUGAUCGCUACUUCAAUCUACGCGAAACAGUAGCAGACGUAGAAAACAAUAGAGUAGUCACAGGUUUACGUUUCGUAAAAAGUAAUCGCGUAUUUCACUUGCAAAUCGAAGAAGGACAACUUCUACCAAGAGGUGGCAUAAAUAGGACUAGCCAAAGAUGGAAACCAGUUGACAAUUAUCAAAUAUUCGAUAGAAACGUGCGCAAUGGGCGGGAUUAUCAUACACUCAGUUACGAAAGCCGGUCAAUGGACUUGGACGACAUCUACACAGACGACAAUUCAUAUGUAGUCGUUGGUGUGCGUUUCCGAGUUGUUGGUGCUCAUUUAAACGUAGAAGCCAAAUUAGCCGAAUACGAUUUUCUGGAAGGCAAAUUAAUAUCUCCAGAAAUUAAUAGCUUUUGGAAGUCUAACGAUAACACAGACGUAAGCGGAGAUCGAAGACAAAAAGUAAAUCUCAACAACCCAGAUAUGUCCACCCGCACUAUAGUCAAAUCUAUACCCGACUCUCGACACAACCAGUAUAUUGAUUUUGUCAAUACGAACAUGGAUAAGGAUGCCGCGCAAAGUACGGUGCCUUUCAUAGAUACACAGGAGGUGGUAUCUAACCCUCCGGUGCCUCUUUCCGGUCUCGGUAUAUACCACAAGGGUCGACAAGGUUAUGGCGGUUUUCUAGCACCAAAGAUUAUGACUUACGAUUUUACGCCUCACAUUCGAGUGCCGCAAAAUAUAAAUUAAUUUAUAAAGCUUAGGUGUAUGCGUCUGUAUAUUUUAUAAUACUAAUAUAUCGUAUCUAUUUAAAUUGGUAUUCACUCGAACUAACAAAAGAUAUCCGUUUGAAAAUUCAGAGUAUAUAAUUUUUUAGUGAGCCUCAUGUGCGCUUGUAGGAAUACAUUUGAAUUGGAACCAUUAAUUUCACUUAUCAAAAGAAAAAUAAUUUUAUUUAAAAUAAAACAGAAACUAAACUAAA